CGGAUUGGUUCCGGCCGCUAGCUCAGCUGUGUAGUUCGCCGGGUCCCUGAGCCGGCUGCCUGAGGGAUGGACGAGACGAGCCCACUAGUGUCCCCUGAGCGGGCCCAACCCCCGGAGUACACCUUCCCGUCGGGCUCUGGCGCUCACUUCCCUCAGGUUCCGGGGGCCGCGGUCCGCGUGGCGGCUGCGGCCGGCUCCGGCCCCUCUCCGCCGGGCUCGCCGGGCCACGACCGCGAGCGGCAGCCUCUGCUGGACCGGGCCAGGGGCGCGGCGGCUCAGGGCCAGACCCAUACCGUGCCGGCACAGGCCCAAGCCUUGGCCGCCCAGGCCGCGGCAGCAGCGCACGCCGCACAGGCCCCCCGUGAGCGGAACGAGUUCCCCGAGGACCCGGAGUUCGAGGCGGUGGUGCGGCAGGCCGAGCUGGCCAUCGAGCGCUGUAUCUUCCCCGAGCGCAUCUACCAGGGCUCCAGCGGAAGCUACUUCGUGAAGGACCCUCAGGGGAGGAUCAUCGCUGUCUUCAAACCCAAGAAUGAAGAGCCAUAUGGGCACCUUAAUCCUAAGUGGACCAAAUGGCUACAGAAGUUGUGCUGUCCCUGCUGCUUUGGCCGUGACUGCCUUGUUCUCAACCAGGGUUAUCUCUCAGAGGCAGGGGCCAGCCUGGUGGACCAAAAACUGGAACUCAACAUUGUACCCCGUACAAAGGUGGUAUACCUGGCCAGUGAAACCUUCAAUUAUAGUGCCAUUGACCGAGUGAAGUCCAGGGGCAAGCGGCUUGCACUAGAGAAAGUUCCAAAAGUUGGGCAGCGAUUUAACCGCAUUGGGCUACCUCCAAAGGUUGGUUCAUUCCAGCUCUUUGUUGAGGGCUAUAAAGAUGCAGACUAUUGGCUGCGGCGUUUUGAAGCAGAACCUCUCCCUGAAAACACCAACAGGCAACUAUUGCUGCAAUUUGAGCGAUUGGUAGUGUUGGAUUAUAUCAUCCGCAACACUGAUCGAGGCAACGACAAUUGGCUGAUUAAAUAUGACUGUCCAAUGGAUAGUUCUACCUCUCGGGACACAGACUGGGUGGUUGUGAAGGAGCCUGUUAUCAAGGUGGCUGCCAUAGACAAUGGACUGGCGUUCCCACUGAAGCAUCCCGACUCCUGGAGGGCAUAUCCUUUCUACUGGGCCUGGUUGCCCCAGGCGAAAGUCCCAUUCUCUCAGGAGAUCAAAGAUCUGAUUCUUCCAAAGAUAUCAGACCCUAACUUUGUGAAGGACUUGGAAGAGGACCUGUAUGAGCUAUUCAAGAAAGAUCCUGGCUUUGACAGGGGCCAGUUCCAUAAGCAGAUUGCUGUUAUGCGGGGACAGAUCCUAAAUCUGACACAAGCGCUGAAAGACAACAAGAGUCCCCUGCACCUCGUCCAGAUGCCGCCUGUGAUUGUUGAGACAGCCCGUUCCCACCAGCGGUCUGCUAGCGAGUCCUAUACACAGAGCUUUCAGAGUCGGAAGCCCUUCUUUUCAUGGUGGUAGCCCUUGAGGCAGGUGAAGGAAAGCCUGUGUGAGGUGCAUACAGGCAGCCAGGCGCAGGGAAGCCAGAGAAGCCGGUGGAGAGCAGUGCCUUUGCCAGCCCUGGAGCCCUCCCUCUCUGCUCGCCACCUCCUUCAGGGCUUUCCCGCCCACAGGGAGAAGAAGCACAACCAGGGACUGGGAGUGCUCCUGGGCCCUGCCAAGUGCUGGGGACGCUACAGUUACAGAUAAGGAGUCCAGGUGGUUAAGGAGGAGCAGCUCCCUUCCGACAUCUCUUGAUGGCAGACUGGGAAAGUCCCUCCUUCCCUGACGCCCUACUCCAUUGCAAUUCCCUGUUAUAUUCUGCAUCAGAAGAAAAAAGCCACACAUUUAAAUGCUUGUAGCAGAAUCCAGUUCCUCUCAUAUCAGAAACCUUUAAUCCAGACUUAAAUUUGCAUAGACCCAGACAUUUGGGUGCCUGGUAGUUGCUUACUUCCAGGAUCAGAGAUGUGUCAGGGGACCACUGGGUGGCUCACUAUGCUGGGACAGGCAGAAACCAUACUUCGAGUUUUUGCCAAAUCUUCCCCUGCUCUUCCCAUCAGUGUGGUAGUUGGCUUCUCUUGGCAGGUAGCUUUUGCUCUGCAUCCUCUUGAACCUACAUCUGCAGUAGUUUACCUGUCACUCAAGCAUAGGUGGGAGUUAUUCAGUUCUGUUAUUUUUUUUUUCCAUGAUACUGGGGCUCAAAACUCUCGAAACCAGGGGUGCUCUAUACUGAGCUAUAUCCCCAGCCCUUUUUAUUUUUUGAGAUAGGGUCUCACUGAGUUGCAAGUUGAACCUGCAGUGCUCCUGCCUCAGCUUCCCUUAGUUCUGCGAUUAUAGGCUUGCACCACUGUGUCCUGCUGUUUUUGGUUUUUUUGGGUUUUUUUUUGGUUGUUGUUUUUGUUUGAGACAGGGUCCUGCUCUGUAAUUCAGGCUGGCCUGGAACUCACAGCAGUCCUCCAACCUCAGUCUCCCAAGUGCUGGGAUUAUAGGCAUGCGCCACCAUGCCUGGAUCCUGUUCUAAUAGGUAGUUAACACCAGCAUGUGAAGGUGAUCCACAUGGCCUAGUGCAUGCUGGGAGCUGUAAGUAAUCUCUGGGGGAAUUUAUCCCAGCCUUGCUUCUUGAGUCCUAAGCCACUGUUCUCUAAUUUGUUUAUUGUUCUAAAUAUUUUUUCCCAGCUUUUUUUUUUACUUAGAAGUUCAGUUUAGGUUUUAGAAUAGGUCUCUGAGGAGUGUGAGUAGUCUCAGCUCCUUAGAGGACAUGAUAUAUGGCCCUUGGACUUCUUUAUGUGCUACCACUGCUGCUUCUGGAAGCAACAGGACUUAUAUUCUGCCUAUUCCUAUGCUCCCUGGCUUCUUGCCCUGGGCUGGUUUUUCCAUGGCUUCUUGAGAAGGCAAGGCCCAAAGGAGAAAGGCCUUCAUACUGUCCUCCAGUGCCUGCCCAGCUCAAUGUACAUCUUCUUGCUUACCCACCUGUCCCCCUUGCCAGGUGUUCAAGCCUUUUCUACACCAAAGCAAAGAAUGGCCUCAGGAGGGAGUAAAAAGGGUGCCACCUGGGGCUGAGGGGCAGCUGUAUUCUUGUGCUGUGGACACUUUGGAGUUUUCUGGCCCCCUGUGAUUCGUCAAUCAGCCUUGAAAAGAAACUGUUUUGAAAGUUAGAAAAACAACCAAAGAAAGGGAGUAAGGACUGUGGCUGUGUGUCCUCUGCCUACCUGGCUUCCUCUAUUCAGGAGGCAGAGCAGAGGCCUACAGCCCUCCCAGCACCUGGGCGGGGCCACUCCCCAGCCAUUCCAGCUCCCAGGAGCUAGCUUGUCCUGGGCUUCCACCCAGCUGACAGUAAGUCUCUGAGCACUAGGUAUGCUUGCCUGUGGACAAAGUCACUGCUCCUCUGUGUGCCCUGCCCUGACAAUCCCAUCUAGCCUGCCUGGAUUCUGGCUUGGGGAACCAUAUGUGAGAGAAUUUGCCUUCUGAAUGCAGGAGCCGGUAGGUUGCCCAGGUGUGUGUCGCUCCCCACAGACAGGUUUGUGUGAACCUGUUGGCAAGGCCCCCUGCCUGAAGAGGCGCUUGGUGUUUCACCAGCCACAUCUGCACUGUCCUGCUCCAGAUCAGCUGUGUAAGAGGGAGCCCGUCCCGGGCCUGGUGAGCAAGGGUAUGGGGCAUCCUUUCCUGGCCUGUCUUCUCUCUCCCUUGAAGCCUGUACUCAGGUUGCCUUGAAUGUGGAUUUUAGAGGAGGCAAGGACCCCAUGUGCCAGGGCAAGCUUCUGGUGGUACUCCCAGAACAGCCCAUCAUUCUGGCAGCCAUAGGCCUGUCCCCCCUCAUCAGGGAGGGGAAGCUGGGCUGUGAGUGCUGCUGCCCCAUAUUGUUCUUCUAAUGCACUGUAGAAACUGUAUGUAAUGUAUUUAAAUCAAUGCAAAUGUAUGAAUAAUAAAUCCAAUUCUGACCUUUU